CCGCUGCUGCUGCUGGCGCUGGCGGCGAUGCUUCUGCUGUCGCACGCGGCGGCCGAGAGCUUGGAGUCGACCAUGGGCAUCAUCAACACCAAGCGCUCCGUGAAGCUGGACCCGAGCGUGCAACACAUUCCGCUGGACCCAGCGCAGGCGCAGCUGCGGCCGCCGCCGGCGCAGAUCCCCGCGUCCUUCGACAUCUUCGUUGGCCUCUCGGUCUUCCGCGACGGCUACCGCUGCGGCAAGACCAUCUUCACGGGCCUCAAGCGCGCCAAGUACCCGGAGCGGCUCUUCUUCGGCGUCGUGGACCAGGUCAACGAUGGCGACGAGCGUUGCCUCGACGAGUACUGCAAGAUGGCGGAGGCCGAGUGGCCGGACAAGGGCCCGUGCCCGUACAAGGACCACAUCCGCGUGGACGUGCACUCGGCCUCCGAGUCGCGGGGCCCCACGCUUGCGCGCCACCAGCAGCAGAAGCUCAUUCAGCAGGAGGAAUUCUGUCUGCAGCUCGAUGGCCACAGCAUCUUCACGAACCUUUGGGACGAGAACCUCUUGGCCGAGUGGAAGCGCGUCAACAAUGAGAUGGCCGUGCUCUCCACGUACUUGCACCACAUCCACGACUUCGUCAAGGAGAACGGCGACAACGCGCUCUCGGCCUCCUUGCCGCACCUGUGCUCGACCAUGCGUGGCUCCAACGGCCUAGUGCGCACUGUCGGCGCCAGUAUGAUCAGUGGGUCUAAGUUCCCGCAACUCGAGGCGCUUUGGGGCGCUGGUCUGUCUUUCAACAAGUGCCACGCGGAGCGCCGUGUGCCCGUGGACUCGCACACGCUCUGGAUGUUUGACGGCGAGGAGUUCCUGCGUGCGACUCGCCUGUGGACUAGUGGCUACGACAUGUAUUCUCCUAGCGUAUUGGGGUCUGUUAUCUACCACAAUUACUCCAAGGUGCCGGCUCGCUUCGAGCACAUCACGGUGGACCCGCAGGUGAAGAAGCGCGAGAGCGAAAUGGCCAUCAACCGCUUCAACCAUAUGGUUGGUAAGCCAGUCAAGGGCCUUGUCGACACCUACGAGUUGGACAAGUAUGGAUUUGGCUCGGUGCGCUCGUUUGAGUCGUACUUGAAGUUUUCUGGCGUUACCUUCAAGGAAGGUGUGAACGACACCGAGUCGUGUGAACAGCUCCACUGGGUGCCGUACGAAAAUGCGACAGAAGUUGAAGAUCUUAUGGGCAAUGGCUGGAAAUUGCAGGCGAAGUCGGCCAGUGUUGCUGAGCCCACUCCCAAGCAACAGGUUGCCGAGGAGGUCGAGCAAGAUGCAGAAGCGCAAAGCAUGACUGCCAAGAAGGGAGAGACAACUUCCACGCAGCCCACUAAGGCCCAGGGAAUUAUUGACGACGAUCCGAAUGCUGAAGUAGCCCGACAUGCUGCAGAUGCCCAUGCUGAGAACGGAGCGGAUAUCGGUGAAGACGAACAGUUGGAGGAGGCGAAGGCGCGCCUGCGGCAAGAAGUGGUGGACAACCGCGCAGCAAAGGCUCCGUCUGCAGCUCCCGUUUGGUUCUUCCUUUUCGUAGUUGUGGCCGCACUCUUCGUGACACUCUCGAACGACAGUGUGUCGCGCUCGAUCCGACUCAUGUUUUGUGCCAGCGCACCACACACGCACAGUAGCAACGAGUAGAUGGAGACAGGAAGCAGCACCAGGUAAAUUUGUGGGUGCCCCUCCUUAGAUGAUGUCCUCAACUUUGAUUCUUUACUGCGUUG